AGUUGACAUUCAACGGUCACUGUAGGAACACCGUCGAGACUUCCAGCACUUCUUGUUCGUUCUUUUUUUGUUUUUUUUUAAUUUCUUUUACAAGGAACUAUAUCUGAGAAGAAAAAAUUAAAGUGAUGCUAUUUAUUGCUUCUGUGCAUUGCAAUUAAAUCAAGUGGUUAAUUUUAAUGUGUAGCAAUGGUUUAUUUUAUUUAUUUAAUAAACUUUGACAAAAUAAAUUAAAAAAUAAUUAAGAAGAAAUACUUGUGUGCUAAUAAUUGCAAAGGCAGCAACAUAGGAUUUUGAACACAGACGCGGUGUUUCGAAAAAGCCUCCCAUUUUUCAUAGUGUUGCUCUCUUGUUUAAAUGAAAAACAUAGCUGGUGUUUAGAUGAAUGGAGGAAAAAAUCAGAAGACUGGUAUAAGACGUUGCGUAUAUGCUUAAUGAUUUUCCACUGAGGAUAAAUUACACAUCGUGACGUCACAACAUCUUUGCACAUGAAGAUGAAAUCGUGCAUUCCCCUCCUGAUUGCUGUCUUCUUCAUUGAAGUUCAUUCAAUCUCAUCACUUCAGAUAAAUUUGGGUAAUUCUUCAGAACCAUUGUCACCUGUUUACGUUCACACAGUCACACCAUUGCCCAGUGCGGCAGAAUGGCCAUCUCAAGACAUUACUUCAAGUUCAUCGCAAAUCAUUACAGCAGAAACACCGUCGGAGGCACCGACAGAAAUUAAUUUUACAUCCCCAGCCACCAAUAAAAAUAAUAGAACUAAAUCAACAGUCACGAAUCGUACGAGAACCAUACAGAGGCUAGUCGGAGGUCACUUACAACAUCAAGCGACACGCGAUAGAACGCGCAAUGACACACUUUCGUUGUCAGAUAAAUUCUCCAAAAUUUAUUUUCGACGGAAAACAAGCCCUUCGCGGAAUCAACCGAGAAAUUAUACGCGACAACUUAAUGCAACAACAAGAAGACCCUCGCGAAGAAGACCAGCAAUUUACAAGGAUACACUUGAUGAUGCUGCCUUGCUUGAGGUUGAUUCAGUCGGGAGUAAUGGUAUAGAUAAUUGGGACAAUGGGUUACUAAGGGCAAGUGCAGGAGCUGGAAAGGAGGCAUCAAAGAAUGGGACUGAAGGGAAGAAGAAGGAAGAAAAAGCAAAGACACUAUCAGAUCAAGUUGCUGAGGGGAAGUAUGGUCUCAUACAGAAGGAGAUCUUUCAGAAGAAACCCAAGAGACCCGGUGUUAUAAGUUACCUCCCAAAUCCCGAUACACCUGGUGAUACAAAUAAAACCUACGGUGGCCUAUCGGAAGAUGAUAUUUGGUUGGCAGAGGAUCACCUACUUGUCCUCAAGGGUGGGAGUUUAAAUAAAAAAGGGAAGGAUGAAUGGAAGCCAAUUGAUGCUUAUGAGGCACCCCUGCGUCAGGUGAAAAUACCACCAAACCCAGAGGUGCCGCCUCCAUUUCCUGUGCAACUCGAAGAUAACGGGCCGAUUGAGUUUAUCGGAAAUAGUCAAGUGCCGGUCUUCAAUCCAUUUGCAAAUGAAUCGCUUUACCUACACCCCGGCGCCGCGCAAACGCCACCGCCCUUCGGUCCAAAUCCGCCGAACAUUUUUACCGGGGCGCGACCGCCAGGAAAUUCUUCACAAGAUUCCUUCCCUUACCCACCUCCCAUACCGCCGUGGUUCCUAAAUAGUAAUUCAACAUUUGCCAAUCCCUUCCUCAAUCCACCACCCUUCUUUGGCCCAGGCUUCCCACCGCCCCCAUUCUUCGUAAAUGGAUCCCUUGAGAAUGUUAACAUUACGGAAUUUGAUGAAGAUGAUCCAUCUCUCUACUAUCCACCCCCAUAUAGCUUUGUCUAUCACAGCAACUACACAAAUCCCGUACCACCAGGACCUCUUGUUCCAGGAAUUGUUCUUCCACCACCACCAAAUUUCUUCAGUCGCCUCGAGGGGCAUCGAAAGACAACAACACAAUCCCCAGUCUAUCCAUCGCGCACAACAAAACUUUCAAAGCAAACAGUGAAGCCUGCUGUAACGAAACUCACGACAACAACUGCCAAACCCCCAAGUCUCAUUGGCCACGUUGAGCUGCACAAGGUUCACAUUCCACGCUAUAAGGAUCGAGAGAAUGUUGUUGUGAGCUUCCAUCCAACAACAUCAACUACUCCACCACCAUUUACAACCACAACGACAACGACAACUCCUAAACCCAUCACAACCCUCAAGAAGAUCCCAACACCGAAUGUUGUGCAAUUUAUACCGAAAAUUAAACAUCCCUCGGAAGAUCCCUUCAAGAGUAGCAAUCCCAUUUACUUUGAAUACUUUGAUGCUAGAAAAUCCCCACAUACCUACCUACCGCCAGUUACGGAAACAACAACAACAACCCCAGCACCACCUCCUCCUCCUCGACCCGUUAUACCAAUCAGGACACUUGGUAGCCGCGAGAAACCCAUUCAAGCGAAACCUAUUCCUGUUUUCCCGGAACACACAACCGAACCACCUGCAAUUUAUGUUCCUGACGUCAAUGGCUUCGACUACGACAAGUAUCUGUACAUAACGCCACAGCCAGAGAUUCAACCAAAUGGCUACACUAACUUUGGGCCAAUAGGACUUAACUAUGCGCAGCAGAUUAAAACACCCAAGAAUGCAUUCAAUCAGGAGAUAGAGCAAAUUCGUCAAACUCUCAAGUAUUACAAGAGUCAACUGACCCCUGUUGAAGUAACGCAACUACCUAGAACUCCUAAAGCUAAGGCGGUGUAUGAGUAUUCAUUUGAUGCAGUUGAAGGGAGUACACUUAAGCCACCAAUCUCCUUCAACAAUCCCAUUCAAAUUGAUACAACACCCUUCAAACCAAUGGUACAGUACAGUCCACCACUUGGUGAAGAUAUCAACGGUUUCAAGCCGUAUGGUCAGAGUAUAUCACCUGCUUACUACACAACAACACCCAUUACGCCAAUUCAGUACUUCCGCAAGAAACAAUCCAAUAGGCCAUCUCAGCGACUGAUCCCAAUACUUCAAGCAAGUACGGAGAAUCCUCUGCCGACGUACUACACGAAGAAAGAAACAGCCCUACUGGAUGACAUUACAAAGAAGUACUUUAACAUUUUUGGUCAAAAACUAUCACUUGCAUCGGAAUAUGCAACAGAACCCAUGAGUCCGGCAAGUAUUGAAUUUACAACACCAACACCGGCUGUUGGGAGCACCACAACGCCCCAUUGGAUAUCAAUUGAGAAGCAAGUCUUUCGUGAAUUGGACCCACAGUCACGUCGUCCAAAUUCACACAGAGCUCUCAAUUACUACUCACGAAACAUCCGUCCAUUGCCAAUUCCCUUCGAUGGCUAUCACUACGACCGCCCAGAAAGUAGACCCUUCCCUGGUUUCUAUGCUAAUCCAACUGUUGACCCAUAUUUGAGACAAAUUGCUCUCAUUCGUCAAAAACUCCGACAAUACCCGCAACAGCAGCAGCAGCAGCAACAGAGGGAAUCAACGCAGCAAUACGAUUUGGGUUAUGUAAAUGAUACUUACGUAAAGUAUUACGACAAUCGACCGAAUAAGGAGAAUGAAUAUCUUGCUCAUCAGAAUCCACCGCCACUUCCGCAAUAUCAACACAUCGUCAAUGCUCCCAAUAGGUACAACAACUACUUCCCACCACCACGACAGUCACAACAGCAAGAGCCACAGGCCCCAAUUUCCUUGCACAAGGACACCCUGGUUAACUACAAAUACCCCCUGCCGGCUGCAAAUCCCGACAGCGAAUACAUUUCGCCAAAAUUGCAGCCACAGCAGCACAAGCAGCAUCAGUACUACAACAAUCGCCACUACGGAAAUCCUGUCAUUCAGUACCAACUGGGUGAACAGUCACACGUCUACUUCAUCACACCACAAGAUAACAAGUACAAAGACUAGGGUUUUCAACAAAAUAGGUACAUAAAAAAAGAGAACUUUUGCGCUAGGACAUUGGGAAAAGGAUACGUGUGUGUGAGGGACGUUGAGCUUUCUUUAUUUUAAAUUGAAUUUGAAAAAAAAAUUCAAUAAAGCGGAAAAUCAAAUGGUAUGAAAAAUAUGAAGCGAUAAAAUGAAAAAAAAAAGAUUUUUUAGUUUUUCUUUUGUUAAAAAGAAUUUUAGAAUGUUUUUCGUAUUUUCAUUAAUCUUUUUUUAAGUCAAAAUAUUUCAUUUUCGCUACAAGCUUCUCCUGUUUUAGGAGGUAUAGUGGUAAAAACAGAUCCUAAACCAUUUUGGAUAGCCUAUAAGCUUCCCUCCGUUUUCUAAAUUGGUUAUUAAUUUAAAAUUAUUCAAAAAAAAAUUUGCAACUCACCAAUUUUAUUAAUUUGAGCAGAGAAAUCUUCGUUUAGUUUCAUCCUUCUGAUUUGGCUUUACUGUGAGUACCCACUGUAUGUUGUUAGGUUACUGAGGCUUCUCCAACUUCUUGUUUAAUCAGGAAUCCUUAAUCCUUGAGAAACUCCUGAUCCUUUCAAGUAUUUUCCUGUUUCUAUUAAUUAACAAAAAAAAAAAAUAGAAAAUUAGCUUAUUCAAAAUUUACAAAACUUUUUAACAAUUAUAAGAAGAAUUUAUUUCAAAAAAUAUAUUUUCAAAUUUUUAUUUUAAUUUAUUGCAUAGAACAUCUUAAAAACUAGCUAUAUAAAUCUUAAUUUGUACCUUUGAUUUUCCGUCAAGUAUAAAAUUAUAAUCUAAUCAUUUUUCUUAUAUUUUGUACUUAUUGAAUAUUGAGAAAAAAAAUUAAAUUCUAAACACAAAAAACAUCCUGAAUAAAAGAAUUUUUUGAAUGAAUAAAAAACUUAAUUUUGACGAAAGGAUUGUGAAAAUUUGAGGGAAUUUUUAUCCCUCUAAGAACUUAAAUGUGAUCGUAUUGUAAUUAUUAUUAAAUUAUGCUUAAAUUUAAUUAUGUUAACCGCCAUAAUUAUACUUCUUUUCCAAUUCAAUAUACAUAUACUCGUUAAUAUUAUUUAGAUGACAGAAUAUUAUGAAUAAUUAGGUACCUAUAUUGGUAUUUUCUUUUCUUGUAGUAGAAUUAACAAAAUAUUUAUUUAAAAAUUGCACCAAUGUGUGGUAUAAAAAAAUUCUUGUGUGAUUGAGUUUAGCUAUUAAAAUUGCAAUAAAAAGAGGUUUUUUGAGGAGAAAUAUUGUGCAUACUUAUUACCUAUUGAAAAUGCAAAAAUAAAACACUGAUAUUUCAGUGAUGUUAGGAAUUAUUGUGUGUUAGGUAAAGUGAAAUAAAAACUCGAAGCAAUGAAAGGUGCGAGGAAAACAAUCAAUAUUCUUGCACAAAAAAUUAGGAGAAUACUAUAACUGUAAAAUAAACUAUGAAAGAGAAGAAAAAAAAAUGUAUGAGCAACAUUCACGUGGAAAAUGCCUUUUUCCCAUCCAUCUGUUGUGUAUAUUUAUUUCAUUUCUUUCUUCUUGUUUAAAUGCGCGUGGAUGUGCAAGAAGUUUCGAGUCAAAUCUGCAAUAAAAAAAAAUGCGAAAAAACGACGCAUGGGAGUAAAUUAAAUUAUCAAACUUACGAUAAAUAGCAUUAUUUAGGUAGGAUAAACAUUGAUAUGUAAUAAUUACCCUUGAAUUUGUAAUAAAGAGAUUAUUCCACAGAAA